AAACCUCGAAACCUGCGAGUGCUGAGCGCCCCCCCCCCCCCCGGCAGCGCCGCCCCCGCCGCCCGCCCCCGAGCCCCGAGCGAGCGGGGAUGGAGCGGACCCGAGCCCCGGGACUUGCGCUGCCGCCCUACGAGCCUCUGGUGGAGGGCUUGGACAUGGAGAACGUGUCCCGAAGCGUCGUGGUGCCCGUGGAGCCCCCUCCGGUGCAGCCCCCCCCCCGCGACCACUUGCCUUGGUCGCUGUGCUCCAUGCUGUACUGCAACGUCUGCUGCCUCGGCUUCCUGGCGCUCGUCUUCUCCGUCAAGUCCAGGGAUCGCAAAGUCCUCGGCGACUACAGCGGGGCGCUCAGCUAUGGCUCCACCGCCAAGCACCUGAACAUCACGGCCCUGCUGCUCAACAUCUUCCUCAUCAUCCUCAUCGUCGCCCUGAUCGCGAGUGGCACCAUCACCAUGGCCAAACUGCUCAACCGCCACCAGCAGCAGUACGACAACUACCCCUUCCUCGGCCCCAGUUAGCCCCUUCCCCGGCCCCGGGGGCAGAACUCGGCCCGCUGCAGCCCCCGCCGCCCCUCGGAGCAGGGCUGAGAUCCCCGUGCAGCCCCUCCAGUGCCUGCAGGGGUCUUGCCCUGCUUUCUUUGCUGCUCCAAGUCCCUCUGACCACCACUCAAAGCACCUCGUGACACCUCUCCUCUGGUGGGAGCCGAGCCCCCAGAAGCUGGCUUUGGGAAGGGGACGCGCAUGCUUUGCCACUUGCUUUGCUCUGGCUUGUUUUUUUAUAUAGCCCCAAGUAUCUUCUCGUCAGGAGAAAAUGUGGUUUUAAUAAAAGUUUCUUUCACUUUUG